CAGCAGCAGUCUGCAGUUUGCCGCAUCGCGCCGAAACAGUGAAAUCUCAACGUCGUAUUAUUAUUAUUUUAAUCAGCUGAUCUCUGCCUUGCCCGAAUCAACGUUAUUAUAGUUCUAUUUUCGAGUAGAACAUAACUGCCGAGUAUAGAAUGAUGCGCACACGGCCCGUGCAAUCCUGAGGUCUCGUAAUUAUUAUUAUUCGCUGAUCAUUCGUGUCUUGCUGUUUUCAAGUCGUCGACGUGAAAAUGAUUUAUGGAUAUAUACGCGUACGAACCGUAACCGAACUACAACUGAAGACGCUAGACACGGUAGUUUUUAACGACGGACCGUCUUGCAAGUCGUCUUCGGCACUCGCUCGAUGUAUCAAAUUCGUUUUGAUCGUUUCACCUGUCGCCUAAAAAUUUCAGUUUUUGGUCACAUACGAAAACAAACUUACCCGUGUACAUAUUUUGGACUGUUAAAACGGAAAAUUGAACGGAUCUAGUUCAAGGCAUAGGAGCCGUUAAUAUUAGUAGUUUAAACUUCAAGGGUUCUCUCGAAUCUCGUUGAUUCCAUUCUGUGGUUUUCUAUUCGAUAUUUCGAUCUUCGGCGGCAAAGAAGACGAAGACGACGACCGCGGCAGUGUGACCAUUUGUCUGGCGCACGAAUUCGUUUCGGUCCGUCGGCAGCGUUGACCGUGGCCCGCUGCGCGCGUUCGUCAACGAUAAUAUUAUUGUAUACAACUGUUUUCGUGGUGUGUGCGCGUGCGCUCGAGUGUGUAUAUUGUGUUUACCAUAAUAAUAUAUCGUCAUUAUCAACGCGUAUCGCCCGAUUAUCAUUUCAUUACCAAUAAUAAUAAUAACAAUAUAAAAAGUAGUAAUAAAUAAUAAUAAUAGUGUUUUUCGUUCGGUGCGCGGUAGCGUCGGGUUUAAUGUCAUUUCGCGAAUCUCUCCGUUCGGUCUUUCGAUCGAAAAACUAGCACUCGCGGAACUGGUUUCGCGACUGCGUCGCCGACUACGACUACUACGACGACAACACAGCUUAAUUUGUAUCGCACGUUUGCAGAAAACAAAUUCCGCGGAGUACCUACGCGAUUUGUGAAAUUUUCGUCCGUCGCUGUUAUGACGGAUCGUCGUCCGACGAGAUCCCGAUUCGCCGAAAACCGUUCCGGUCGUCCACGCUAACCCGGGAAUACCGGUGGAUCAAACGGUCAUUAAUUGCAGUGAAUCAAUGUUCUGUCACGGAUAAAUUGGAUCAAAUGGUCGUUGGCCAAUCGUUGAACAAACACUGGAAAAAUGGAUCACGGGUAUCAAAAUACCGGCAGAACCCAUUUUGGAACAACUCCUCAACAAUUGGUUACACACUCGUUUUGCGACAGAGCUUCGCCAGUAUCACCCGUCACAAACAUCGGAAGUUACUCUUCAUUUGUUCAACACGUAAAAGAUGACAACAAUAUGAAUUCGUUACAACGCAAAGCACAAGUGAAAUUAAAUGCCAUGCCAUGGUUUCAUGGAAAAAUAUCAAGAGAGAUGGCUGAAGAUUUACUAACACCAAAAGAAAAUGGUCUAUUUCUGGUUAGAGAAUCUACUAACUAUCCGGGAGAUUAUACACUUUGUGUUUGUUACAUUGGUAAAGUGGAACAUUACAGAGUUAAGUAUAAAGACAACCAACUUACAAUCGAUGAUGAAGAAUUUUUUGAAAAUCUAUCCCAAUUAGUCGAACACUACCAAAAAGAUGCUGAUGGCCUAUGUACACAAUUAACUAAGAGUCUACCUAAAAAAGGCAAACAAGAAUUUUGUAUUGAUACCAAAUCUUUUAUUGAUGCCGGAUGGGUUAUCCAAGAACAGGAAUUACAGUUAAACGAAACCAUUGGCAAAGGGGAAUUUGGUGAUGUAUUAUUAGGAGUGUACAGAGGAGAAAAAGUAGCUGUUAAAAUGUUGAAAGACUCUAGCGUAGAAGCCCAAAAAUUCCUAACAGAAGCUUUACUUAUGACGUCUUUGAGGCAUGAAAAUUUGGUUGAACUUCUUGGACUUGUAUUGAAUGAAAAACAUUUAUUGCUAGUUACUGAAUACAUGGGUAAAGGUAGUCUUGUUGAAUAUUUACGAUCAAGAGGAAGACUUCAUGUCACCAAAAAAGAUCAAAUCAAUUUUGCUGUUGAUACGUGUAGCGGUAUGGAGUAUUUAGAGUUCAGAAAAGUAGUGCAUAGAGAUUUAGCAGCUCGAAAUGUUUUAAUAUCAGAAGCCGGAGUAGCUAAAGUAGCUGAUUUUGGAUUGGCACGUGAAGAAAAUUAUAUUGUGGAUGCUGGAAAAUUGCCCAUCAAGUGGACUGCCCCUGAAGCACUUAGACAAGGAGUGUUCUCAAAUAAAUCAGAUAUGUGGAGUUUUGGAGUUCUAUUAUGGGAAAUUUAUUCUUUUGGUCGAGUUCCUUACUCUAGAAUACCAUUAAUUGAUGUAGUAAAGCAUGUAGAAAAAGGAUAUCGUAUGGAAGCUCCUGAGUGUUGUCCUCCAGAAAUAUAUGAAAUCAUGAGACAAGCAUGGGACUUAUUUCCUGAACGAAGACCUACGUUUAAGGAUGUUAAGACCAAACUAGCACAAUUAAAAGUUGUAACUAUUAACUAAAAGUUGCAUUGACUAAUGACUAAUGUAUAAUAAUAUAUCUGUGCACUAACUUUGUUAAUAUCUGUAUAGUAUCAAAUUUAAUUAAUAUUUAUGAGCUAGUCUUUAUUUUAUCAACCUUCAGUAUUUUUUAUUCUUUAGUGUUUUUUAAAAUUAUUAUUAUUACUAUUACUAUUAUUAUUGUAUACUAUUUAAUAUUUAUACAAAAUAAAUGCAUUUAGUAUUGGUUGAGGUAGAUUUUCAAACUUUUAACCGAGUUACAUAACUACAUCAAUUAUGAUGCUGAAUAAUGUUUGGUAUCACACAUUAAAUAUAAAUGUUUUUUUUAACAUGUUCACAUUAUUUAUAUCUAUUAUAUAUUUAAUCAAAAGCAUUUAAUUUAUAUAAAAUGGGAUCUUACUAUUAAAUAAUAUAUAAACUGAACUAAUAUACUUAUAAUAAAUUAAUUUGAUAUCAUAUUAAUAGUCUUUGUGGGUAUUAACAUUUUGAAAUUAUUAUACAUAUUAUAUUGAUAUUCUGUAAAAUGCUUUAAUUAUCAAAGACAGUGUUAUGUAUGGUAUAUACAUGUGAUAUUUAAAUCAGGAAUUAAUACUGAAUGUAUAUACUAUUUUUAAUAAUUUUGUUCAUCAAGUUAGUUUAUUUAUUGCAUUCGGAUUAUCAUUAAGUAUGUUAAAAAUUAAUUAAUACUUCACCAAUACUAAGCAUUUUAAUAUUAAAUUUUUUUUGAUUGUAUUUUGGGCUUGAUUGUGUUUUUCUGUUUGUUUUUUUUCAAUUUUAUUUCGUUAUUCAAUUGAUAGGUACAAUAUUUUAAAAUACUAUUUUGCAAAAAAUCAACAUCAAACUCAUCUCAUUGCAAUAAAUUGAUUUACUUUAAUAGUCUAUAUAGAUAACAAUGUAACUUAAUAUGUUAAUUUUUUUUAUAUGAUGUAAAAGUUAUUUUUUCUAUAGUAGACAAUUUAUUAUUAAAUUACUAUUUAUUUAUCAUUGAACUUGACUGUUAUAAAAUGUAUUUAUAGCAAUUGUAACUUAUCUAUUAGAAAUUGGUUUCAAUUUUUAUCAAUUAUUUAUCAAAUACUUUCUAUAAUAUUUAAUAGAUAAAUUUGCAUAGAUUUUACUUUUUAGUUUGCUUUAUAUUUUUGAAUCUAACUGUAAGUAUGAUGUAAUAUAUUAUUGAUAUUCUUUUCAAAACACCAAACUUAGAAAUUAUCUUUCCAAUUGCUUACUAAUAAAUAAUAAUACUGACUGAUUAAAAUAGAAUGUUACUGUAAAACACUAAUAUUGUUGGAAGCCCACACCAAGUUUUUAAAUUUACACUGAUUACUGCUAAAAAUAUGUUUCUAAUAAAUGUUAAAAGAUUUUUUAUUUUACAAGUCAUUUGUAAUAUUAAAUUACAAAACACGAAAUUAUAAUUUCACUAAUUAAUUGUAUUAGAAUAAGGAAUAAUAAUCAAUUUUAAUGUUUUUAAAAUUAUUUAUGUCAAAUCUCUUAAAUGAGAUGUAUCUAAGAUAAAUUGCCUUAUUUGACGUAACAUAUGUGGAGUUUGGACGUAAGAAAACUUUUAAUAUUUGAUUUGUUUUAGGUAAAGGUUUUUUAUUCAAAACUAUGUAAAUAUUGCUGUAUUUUACUGGUGUAUUUGUUUGUUUGUUUGUUUUUUUUUAUUUACUUGGGUAGCUUUAUUUACCAAAAACUUAUGGUUUUUGUACUCAUAUGUUAAUAAGUUUAUUAUGAUUAUUUUUAUUUUAAGAACUUUUUUUUUUGCUACCCUAUAAUAUAUUUUUUUUAAUCUAAAAUAAAUUGAUAUUCUCUCAAUAAA